GAACGUUGCCGAGUGUCAGUGUAACAAAUCGGCGGUGUUUCCGCUGUGGGAGAAGUCGACUCGAUACAAUGCGAGCGUGAAUUAGGAGGAGGCUGAGGGAGAGGCAGCGGUGCACAGCAACGCCAUGGACAAUCAGUGCACCGUGCAGGUAAAACUGGAACUAGGCCAUCGAGCCCAGCUUCGGAAAAAGCCGACGAAUGAAGGAUUCACCCAUGACUGGAUGGUGUUUGUUAGAGGACCAGAACAGAGCGAUAUUCAGCACUUUGUGGAAAAGGUGGUUUUCCGGCUGCAUGAGAGUUUUCCGAAACCUAAACGGGUUUGUAAGGAGCCACCUUAUAAAGUGGAGGAGUCCGGAUAUGCUGGAUUUAUUUUGCCAAUCGAUGUAUAUUUCAAGAACAAGGAAGAACCGAAGAAAGUCUGUUUUACAUAUGAUUUAUUCCUAAACCUGGAAGGGAACCCGCCCGUGAACCAUCUACGCUGUGAGAAACUCACUUUUAACAACCCAACCAAGGAAUUUCGACGCAAGCUUGUAAGGGCAGGAGGAGUUAUGGUGAUGCCUGAAGGAACUGACAUAAUCUUUAAACCAAGCCCAGACUAUCCGAUGUUACCCACAAUUCCACUGUCUGCAUUCUCAGAUCCAAAGAAAAGCAAACCGUCUCAUGGUUCAAAGGACACAAAUAGGGAGAGCAGCAAAUCGUCAAAGCCUCACAAGGUCACGAAAGAGCACAAGGAACGGUCUGCAAAAGACUCUGAAAGCAAGACGGCCGUGAAGGAACCCGAGAAGGAUCACAGUAAAUCUUCCAAGGAGCUAUCGCGGAAAUCGGCAGAAAGCAAGAUUUCAAAGGAAGAGAAAGCUCCUCCAAAGGCAACUUCUAAAGAACCAAAACCAGCCUUCAAGGAAUCUAAACUGGACAGCUUGUCAUCCAAAGGCAGUGGGAAUCUACAUCAAGAGUCAAAGCCCAGUAUUAAGAGACCCUCCAAUGUAGAUUCCAUGAAACUCAAUGUUAAAAAGCAAAAGAAAAAUACUUCAGAGACACCAAAAACUUUCCCCAGUGUCUCGCCGAGAAUUUCUUCGUCAUCUUACUCUGAGAAAAAGCAGUUGAAGGAGAAGGAGAAAGAAAAAGUGAACAUUAAAGUAGAGAAAGUUAAAUCUGAAAGUAGUGUGAAAGAAGUGAAAAAGCCCCUGGAUUCAGACGAGUGUAAUUCAGAAGAUGAAGUGAUCUCCAAAUCUGAGUCUGUGCGCACUAGCCAGUCGAACACGACAUCAAGUUCAGACUCGAGUUCUGAAUCCGAUUAUGCACCCACCCAAAACCACAGGCAAGGGCCUCUGCGAUCCAUGGUGGAGGAAAUCCAGUCCGAAGGCUCCGACGACGACAGCAGCUCCGAAGAGGAAAGGCCUGUGAAAAACAUGGCAGUCAGCAGAGAUCACAGGUUGAGUUUGAGUGAUGACAGUGGCAGUGAAAGCAGUGAGAAUUCCAAUGUCAACACCCUGGACCAGCCUUCAAUUCAAAAGCACAUAGCUGCCAGCAACAAGUUUUAGGACGUGUGAAGAUCUGAUCACAUUUUAGGUCACAUUUAUCCAGAAAUAGACAAAAUUCUGCAGGAUUCACGAGCUUCCUAGCACCACUGUAGGUCGGGAAGGAAUUGAUGUAAGUUUUCAAAGUCCAUGAGUUGUCUUGAUAGAAUAAAUGAGGAGAAGCUUUUCAGAGGCAUGAUGGUUAAACCAAUGAAAGGUGAUUUGCAAAAUAAUUGGAGGGUGCAAGGGGAAGCUUCGCUUAACAAGCAGAUGUUUUUGAUCUGGAGUGUGGGUAAUGAAAAGAUAUUUGAUAAUAGCUUUUAUAAGAGAAUUGCACAGCGGCUCAAAAGGGGGAAUUAUAUUCAGUAAUACAGGGAGAGGGUUAAGGGACAAGUUCUUCAUAAGAACUGCCAGAGAUUGUGGGCUGAAUAUCCUAUGCAGUGAUGUUCUGUGAUUCUAUGGUAGAGUUAUCUAAAAAUACUUUUAAUGAAUUUAAGAUGUAUUGAAGAGAAUUAGAUAUUUGUAACUUGCAUCUUAGCUUCGUCCUCUCGCCUUAUUCGGCAAGGAGAAUAUACUUGCUGUAGCUUCCCUUGAGCAAUGCCGUCGUUCUGUUUAUCAUGCACACUGUGUUGGAACCUUUCCCGUAAAUGUUCCAGGUGGAAUUUUCAGUGACCAUGCUGCUCAUGCACAGCCAGUGAGCAUGGAAACUGCCCUCUUGUAACCUACAAAGAGAAUUUCAAAGUUUAUUAUCAAAGUGCGUGUAAGCUGCCAUAUGCAACCCUGAGAUUCAUAUUCUUGCGGGCAUACUCAAUAAAUCUACGAUGGAGUAAUAACCAUAAUAGAAUCAAUGAAGGACCACACCAGCAUGGGCGUUCAACCAACUGUGCAAAAGACAACAAACUGCAAAUACAAAAAGAAAUAUUAACAAUAAAUAUUGAGAACUGAGAUGAAAAGUGCUUUAAAGUGAGUCAAGUUCUGGGAACAUUUCAAAGCUGGGGCAAGUGAAGCUAUCCACUUUGGUUCAAGACCCUGAUGGUUGAGGGGUAAUAACUGUUUCUGAACCUGGUGGUGUGGGUCCUGAGGCUGCUGUACCACCUUCCUGAUGGCAGCAGCAAGAAGAGCGCAUGUCCAAGGUGGUGGGGACCCUAAUGAUGGAUGCUGCUUUCCUGAGACAACGUUUGAAGCUAACAUCACUGCUGAGCUGUUGUGGACCCAUUGCAGCAGGUUUCCCCCUACACAAGCUCACCGUGUGUGUCAUUUAUCCUGGCAAAGAUAAGUUCUAGGACUGAAAGUCCAAUCCGAUUACACUAACUCAUUGACAAUUAUUUGGGGAGAGUUCUUCCUCUGGGCUGAAUUGACUCCCUUUGAGGAUUUCUGUUGGCUGUAUUCCCACAGACUGCCUGAUGUAAAGAGGCUAAAGAAAUUUGGCAUGUCUCCUAUCACUUAUUACAGCAACAGAGAUGGGGUAGGUGGGUGGUAGAACAUCAAAAAGAAACACAAUUGCCUGGAAGAGAUAUUGAAGUGUCUGUGAAGCCAUGGAACAGGCAGUCCAGAAGGUGUGGAGGGGCCAGACAGUGAGGUUAGUCAGCCUGCAUUUUGGGGACAUCCCGUUAAAGCAGUUCUCCAGCUGCCUGCUCCCAGUGGGUUUUCUGCCUUGAGGAAAGUGAAAGUGAAUUAAGUUGUCUGCAGUUUGAAGCUCUGCAGAUUCACCAUUGCCCAUGCGAAGAGGGACUGAUACUAAGCAAGUGCUUGAGAAAAUGGAGCUCUGAGGGGUGGAGGAUAAUACAAGAGGCUUGAUUUUGGCCAGAGUCUUCUCUGCCCCACUUGUUUAUCAGGACAACAAAUCAGUGGACAUCCCUCCUCUUGGUUCCCUGAACUUUGACUUUCAUGCUGGGAUGAACCAAUGUGAGAUCCUGAGCUUAUUUCCAACUGAGGAGAGCCAACAGAGGCCAGGCUCACCUCACUGGGCCGUCAGUGUUGGUGAGUUAAUUGAAAUGCUUGAUUACACAGUUAUCCAAAAGAAAUCAGAAAUAUUUUUAAAGCUUGAGGUGGUGAGAAGGCAAAAUGUGUUUUAAACAGUGUUUCUGAAGUAAAAGAAUGUUGUGUCUCUGUACAAACACUGCAAGAAGAGAGACCCCUUAAGGUAGUAGUUGAUUUCUGAGUAAUU